GCUUGUAACUACAGAAAACGGUGCAGGGGCUAAAGGAAUGGACGCACUUUAAUGCGAUCCAUAUUGCUUACUAAAUGUGCCGAAUAGCACCUUACAUUAAUUCGUUUUGAUUUGGCCAGUUACACAUGAGCACUGAUCACUUCGGAAACUUUUCAAAGUGACAGCCCAAGAGUGAAAGUGAGAACCGGCAGCACUUAACACUGAAAGAAUGCCGAGUGGCCUUUGCGGCACACAGCGAGCCGUUGCCAUGGUCGAGAACUUUUGUGUACAAGGAGGCGACACGGGAGUUGAGUGAAAAAUGGAAGAACAUCCUGGAGGAGCCCAGCAUCUUAAGAAGCCUCAUGUGCCCAAAUCUGAGAAGAACACCACCCUGAUGAAGGGCUUAACCCCAGGUCAGAAGAGAUACCUCUACAGUGUGAUGGCAGUUUAUGACACAAAAGGUCAACUGCAAGCGCUACAGAGGAGAUAUCUUAAUAGCCUUCAAAUGCACAGACAGCUGGGUCACCUAACUGCAGAGGAAGAAAAGCAAUUUGCUUGCCGGAUCCAGUCGUCACAGACCAGAGGUGGCAGCUCUCUUAAAGGCAAGAAGUAAAUAACUUUGGGUACAAAAGAAGAAGGGAAGAUCGCAGAAGAUUUAAUUGAAGCAAAAAUCCAGAGGGUUGAAGUGUAACCUUGAAUUGUAUUAAGUUGUUUGGAAAUAAAUUGAAAAGU